AUGGCCGUCUUCGACGUCUCGCUCAACGCCGUCUCUCUCGUCAACCUCAUCAUUUGCGUUGGUAUCGGUGUCGAGUUCUGCGCCCAUAUUGCCCGCGCCUUUAUGUUCCCCUCGCGUACCGUCAUGGAGCGUGCCAAGAACCGCUUCCGCGGCCGCGACGCCCGCGCCUGGACCGCUCUCGUCAACGUCGGUGCCUCCGUCUUCUCGGGCAUCACGGUCACCAAGCUCCUCGGCGUCUGUGUCCUCGCAUUCACGCGUUCCAAGAUUUUCGAGAUUUACUACUUCCGCGUCUGGCUUGCGCUCGUCAUCUUCGCGGCGACGCAUGCGCUCAUCUUCCUGCCCGUGGCGCUCAGUCUCUUGGGCGGAGCGGGCUACGUUGAUCCCGAGAGCGAGGGCGGCCUGGAGCAGGAUCUCGCCAGCCGGCGCUACAGGGCGCUCGUGCCUGACGGAGAGUCGGACUCUGAAGACGACUACUAG